CAAAAAUUAUAAGUUAUCCUAUUUUUCUUAUAAAAAAAUGUUUACAACCCGUUGAAAAAAGCCGAAAUAAAUAAUGAUGAACUAUACUUGGUUUCUCCUGACAAAAAAAAAAAAAAAAACUAUACUUGGUUUCAGUUAAGAACUGAGGGUGGGAUGAGAGCAGGAGGUGCAAAAUGCAAGUAAAACACGGCAACCCAGAACAACAUGUGCUUCACAAAAUGCACUAGACUACUACUAGAACUGGAUCCAAGCCACAUUCAUAGUAACCGAUAAUCUAAAUUCAGAAAUGAUGAUCUCCGCUAUUUCGUAAGCUGCACCUCCAUGCACACAGCUCUAAACUCUCUGAAUCAUCCAGCUAGCUACGUGCUAUGCCUCAUGCAAAACCAAACAAAACUUAGGAAAAUACCCAGAACUUGCAUUAACUCAUGCUUAUCUCUAUCUUUAUAUUCAUUGUGAUGUAAUAAAUACCAACAUUCGAAUAUUGACACAAUAUUUAGUGCUUGUGCCUAUUUGCCUUUUAUUUUGUUCACAAAAGGAUAUACAUUAAAGUAGUUUAAAUCAAUUAAGUGAAAAAUGGGUUCUCAGGGGAAUAACUGGGAUGUUGAACAAGGUGAAGACAAGGCUUUAGUGAAGGAGCAUCACCGGAGAAGGUCCGACCUGGAACCUGUUACCAAAGCCCGGUUUCGAUUGUUCAGUGUUUUUCUAGCUAAUUUGCAGGAAGUGAUUUUUGGUACCAAGCUGUUUGUGCUGUUUCCAGCUAUCCCAUCUGCAAUUUUUGCUAAAUCUUACAAUCUUGGCAGACCAUGGAUAUUUGCUCUGAGUUUAUUAGGACUCACUCCCCUUGCUGAACGUAUUAGCUUUGUGACAGAGCAAAUUUCGUUCUACACUGGCCCAACAGUGGGAGGACUUCUUAAUGCAACCUGUGGUAAUGCAACAGAGCUAAUAAUAGCAUUAUUAGCACUACACCAAGGGAAGAUAGACGUGCUCAAGUAUUCUCUUUUGGGUUCUGUUCUAUCAAACCUUCUACUUGUUCUUGGAAGCUCCCUUUUAUGUUGUGGAUUGGCAAACCUAAACAAAGAGCAGAAAUAUGACAGAAAGCAGGCUGAUUUGAAUACAUUACUGCUACUUCUUGGAUUGCUUUGCCAUGCAUUGCCAUUGAUGUUUAAGAGUUCUGUACAGCCGGCUAGUCAUCGAGUGCACCCACUUGUGCAAGGAUACAUUCUUCUGUUUUCCAGAGUUAGCAGCAUUGUUUUGCUUAUAGCAUAUGUUGCAUAUCUUUUUUUCCAGUUAAGGACUCAUCAACAGUUGGUUGAAGAACAAGAGGAAGGUGAAAGAAGCGAGGAAACAGACGAGAAGCCUGUGAUAGGAAUUGCAAGUGGAAUAAUUUGGUUGAUUGGUAUGACUAUAACAAUUGCUCUACUAUCAGAGUAUGUUGUUGGUACAAUUGAGGAUGCAUCAGAUUCUUGGGGUAUUUCUGUAGGCUUUAUCAGCAUCAUAUUGCUGCCAAUAGUCGGGAAUGCAGCAGAACAUGCUGGAUCAGUCAUAUUUGCAUUGAAAAACAAGCUGGAUAUAUCUUUGGGUGUUUCUCUCGGGUCUGCUACACAAAUUUCAGUGUUUGUGAUUCCCCUAUGUGUGCUUGUCGGGUGGAUCAUGGGAGUCCCCAUGGAUCUUGAUUUCGGACGCCUCCAAACUGCUUCCCUUGCUUUUGCAAUUGUUCUGACAUCCUUGACGUUACAGGAUGGGACUUCGCAUUACUUAAAAGGAGUGGUACUGUGUCUUGCCUAUGUAGUGAUUGCUGCCUGUUUCUUUUUUCAAAAACUUCCUUCAGAUAAUCACAUCGCUGUGGAAGUUCAACAUCGCCUUCAGGAUAUAAAUGUUAUCAAGUGGAAGAUCAAGAGUUGGAAUCGGAACAAUGUCUAUUGAGAUCAAGAUUGUCAGUUGAAAGUACUCAAUUGUCUCUACAAUUUGUUCUCUUCUUUUUCUUUGUACUAUGUUGUCCCUGUUUAAUUACUCUGGAAACUAGAGUCUGGAUUGUUCCAUGUAAUGAUCAUCAAAUUUGGAAUAAAAUCCUCAAACUAUGUUGCUAUGGAUUUCAAAGC